GAUGCUACCAGGAGUAGAGACUCCCAUUAAUCGGGAUGAAUUCCAUGGAUUUGCGCCUAUGUCAUUCAAAUUCACGAUCCUCCACUAGUAGCACUCGCGUGCCUAUCUCUCCCUGACCCCGCCUGCUCUGGCCAAUACGGUCCGCCCCAGAUUCAGCUCUUAGAUGACUUGUUCACGAAUGCAGAGCAAUAGCCGGUGUUUGGACUAAUUGGCAGCACCCACGACCAACGAAAAGCCGACCUUGAGUCGACGGAACCUCGGGAACCUCACCGGAGCUUUUUGUCAAGACAAGUGCUUUCGCUCAAGUGUGCAAGGCUGGAUCGAUAGGACUGGAAUGUGGCUGUUUUGCCGGAGAUUAGACUGUCGGACGAGCGAAGCUGAAGCACGGGACCGGGAUCUGGGAGAAGCAGGAUGCUGAACCGCGAUCAGGGUAGAUUUAUGUGGACGCGAGGUGUACCCUGAUUUCCCAGCCCCUCCCCCCCUUAAUCACCCCCUCCCUACAACCUGUUCACUCCAUCCAGCACACUACAGUCACCAUGACGUCCACCUUGCAGACCCUAGCCUUUAAGCUGGCCCCUCCCUCAAGAGAAGCUGGACCAGAGCAGUUGGAGCCUUGUAAUGGAGCGGGGCGACAUUAUGAGGUGGUCCCCUCAGUGGUCUGCUCUAUGUGCUGUCUCUUCGGAAUAAUCUAUUGCUUCUUUGGUUACCGCUGUUUUAAGGCUGUACUCUUCCUCACGGGGCUCAUGUUCGGUUCUGUAAUCAUCUUCCUGCUCUGUUACAAAGAGCGAGUAUUGGACACGCAACUGAGCGUUGAGGCCAGCGUGGGCAUUGGCCUGGGCAUCGGCACCCUGUGUGGCCUAGUGACAAUGUUGGUACGCAGCGUUGGGCUUUUCAUGGUGGGCCUGCUCCUGGGCCUGCUGGUGGGCAUCGGGACCCUGAUUGGAAUGGAGGAGCUGUCGUCCAACCCCCCGCGUUCAGUAUGGGUGCCCCUGGGUGUGCUGCUGGGGUUGGGCAUGCUGUUCGCCGUCCUCACGCUGCAGUGGCAGAGAUGCUUCACCACCCUUUCCACAGCCGUGUUUGGGGCUGCAGUGAUAGUCGUGGCUACAGAUUAUUUCGUGGAGCUCUUCGCUCUGGUGAGGUAUAUUUACGAGCGGGUGAAAACGGGCCCCCGGGAGCCAGUGUGCUGGACUACGUGGGUGGUCCUGGGAGCCUGGCCUGCUCUCGCCCUGCUGGGUGUUUUGGUGCAAUGGAAAGUGACAGCAGAGGGCUACUCCCACACGAAGGUGAUGAUCAGUCGCCAGCAGCGGCGAGUUCAGCUUAUGCGCAUUCGUCAGAAGGAGGAGAGGAGGGAGAGCAGCAGAAAGAAACCGAGGAAGCAGCCGCAGAACUCAAACCACACACAUGCCUCCAAAGCCCUGCACCCAGAGCCCGCCUACCGCAGGAAACCCAACCCUAUACGACGCUUUGAUGGAGACGUGCUUUCUCCUAGCUACAUCCAGAGUUUUCGGGACAGACAGGUGGAUGGACGUGCUUAUCCUGUGGGUGGGCUGAUGGCUGCAGGUCACACAAGUGUGGACAUGGACUAUGACUGUGGAUCCAGGGUCCCCCUCACUUCUGGGGUCGGACCACAUGUUCGGGUCUGACCACAGUCACUUCUUGACAAAAACACAUACACAAACACUCAAAUCCGGUGCUGACCUGACCCUGGGUCCCGCACACACAGAGGCUUGGGUCUCAUCACCAUUCGGAACCGAACAAUGAAAGCACUUCUAAUUAUAAUACUGGAUGCAUCAUUCCGAGACCACAGUUGUAUUAAAGAGCUGCUUUAACACACUCAAUUACACUAACACACUUUACCUGAACAUGUGCCUGAGACGUGGCAUUCUGUUCACCUAAUACUGAAACCAUCAUGAGAUGGUCAAAAAAAAAAAUCAGUCUGGGCACCAUUCUGUCAAAUUAUUUUCUAAAAACGUCUGGUGAAUUAGCGUGUUGCCCGUUCAUCAAUGUUUCAAGAUAUUGCAUUUCUGUUUGUGACAAAUUCGUCAGUUGGUGCUGAAUCUUGUGUUUGUACUACAACGCUGACUGCUAUUUUGAAGUCAGCCGUUCCUCCUCUCAUAGUAAAGUCUGUGGAUUCCACCAGUCAGUGUCUGUACUGUGAGAUCCUGCAUUCCGGCCCAGGACUGUACCAAAUACCGUCGAGCAGGGGUGCCUUCGAGACAUCACUAAGAAACUCUCUCAGGAGAAUCUAACUCCUUAGCCUUGUUUCAGAAAGGCUGUAGGGCAAAGAGCCAUAUUACUGCUGAUCAGAGCCACCUGGUCCACUCUGGGAUGCAGAGCUGAACGCCUGGUGAUGAAAAGAACGAGGACAAGAUGGAGGAAAAAGAGCGAAGAUGAUACUCAGGGACAGCGUGAAUGUUUUGGAAUAUUAGGGGAAGAUCUAUAAAGUUCAUGGACAAAAAAUUAUGAUGCAAAAACUGUAGAUUUAUCCCCUCGGACGCUAGCGCAACGGAUGUCACCAUGAGCGUUCAGUUACUGCUGUGUGUAAAACUAGUUUGCAAGUGAACAUAUAGGGUGUCCAGGAGGACAUGAGGGUUGAGCAGCAAAUGUCCUUCUUAAAAGAUCUCCACAAUCCUUUGGGGCAAACUGCAUGACAUAAACAACCCCAUUUUCCUUUCCACAAUGCGUUUUCAGGCCCAUCUUCAUACAGACAAUAGAAAUGAGCAGUUUCUGCCAUGGUGUCUCUCUUUUUUUCUUUCUUAAUUCUGCAAAGCAGAAAAGUCUAUGUUAUGUACAUAAAAUGCACAUUUAGUAUAUCCAUUUCAACAUGGGCUCUCAUAUUUAUUAGAUACUGGUUUAUUUCUAAUGAAUUGCUUUUCAAGGGAUUCCGAGUCCUGACAGUUGAAUGGAUGGUGGUAUUUAUUAGUUUGUUUGUUUGUUUGGUUUUACAUGCCUAGUCAUGUUUUCUUUAUAAUUUACCAUCUGAUAACAGAGUGUAUUCUUAAAGACAAAAAGUCUUAAUGCAAUGAAACCUUUGACAAUCUGACAUCAACUUUUUUUUUUUUUUUUUUCUGUACAACAGCAUGUGUUUGUAUGGGCCUGGUUAUUAUAGUAAACUUUGUGAAUUCA